GAGGGACUGCCUUGCUGGGCCUGGACUAUGAGGAAACACUGCAGAUUCUACGACACCAGCAGAGGGUCGAGAACAUGAAGCCGUCUGCUGCGGUGCAGCGGCAGGAGCAAGAACGCGACUUCCAGCGCCAUCGUCGCUUCGUCCAGAUCCGCUCGCGCUAUGCACAGCCCACCAGUCCGGCACCUGCGCACAGUUCUGGCCGGCUGCCGGAGAGUGGCAACCGGCGAGACUUCGAGAGGCGCUUGGAGCGGAUGCUGCUGCAGGACUGGGAUGGUAAGGAGCAAGACUUCGCGUGGAAGCGCUGCCCUCCGAAAGAACAGCGCGUGCCCAUUUCGCGCCCAAGGGUACGCGAGGUGGCGCAAGGCGCCGUGGAAGCUGAAGCCAGUGCAGUGAGCGAGGCGGUGCCUGCGAGUGAGUCGAUGACCGAGCCCAACGAGACCCACCGUUUCGAAGCGGCGAGGAAUGAGACAUCUGACAUGAAGCAGGGCAAGGGGCUGGAAAAGGAUGACACUCUGAAGCAAAAGGAGGCUGAAGCUCAAGUGACCAAUAGCUAUGCCGGCUUUGGCAAUCCCGGAGCCGGUGGAGGGGCAAAACCAGGGCAUUUGAGACCUCCCGACUUUCGCAGCAUACUGCAAAGUGACAAUGCCAGCAGUGGCCCUGGUGCGUCCUUGGACAGUGGUGGAAAUGGCUUGGGCGGCUUUGGUGCCGAUGCUGGGAUGAAUUUGAAGCCACCAAAUUUCCAGAUGCAGACGGAUACCAGCUCUGCACUCAAUGCAGGAGCUGCAAUUCCUAGCUUGUCCCAGCAGAAUGACUUUGCUAGUGGACCAGCGCUCAAACCACUGCAUUCAGCGGAUGAGGUUCCUGAAAGCAUUGGUGGCUUCGGGGAGCAGGCCGCUGGUGGUGUUGGUGGCGGGGGAUUGAGUAGAGAAAGACGGAUGAGACCUCCCGACUUUCGGAGCAUACUGGAGAGUGACAACGCCAGCAGUGGCCCUAGUGAGCCAGUGCCUUUUGGCAAUCAGGGCAAUGAUGGUGGUUUGGUCCUAAAGCCACUCGGCUCCUUGAAUGGUGGUGGAAAUGGCUUGGGCGGCUUUGGUGCCGAUGCUGGGAUGAAUUUGAAGCCAUCAAAUUUCCAGAUGCAGACGGAUACCAGCUCUGCACUCAAUGCAGGAGCUGCAAUUCCUAGCUUGUCCCAGCAGAAUGACUUUGCUAGUGGACCAGCGCUCAAACCACUGCAUUCAGCGGAUGAGGUUCCUGAAAGCAUUGGUGGCUUCGGGGAGCAGGCCGCUGGUGGUGUUGGUGGCGGGGGAUUGAGUAGAGAAAGACGGAUGAGACCUCCCGACUUUCGGAGCAUACUGCAGAGUGACAACGCCAGCAGUGGCCCUAGUGAGCCAGUGCCUUUUGGCAAUCAGGGCAAUGAUGGUGGUUUGGUCCUAAAGCCACUCGGCUCCUUGAAUGGUGGUGGAAAUGGCUUGGGCGGCUUUGGUGCCGAUGCUGGGAUGAAUUUGAAGCCACCAAAUUUCCAGAUGCAGACGGAUACCAGCUCUGCACUCAAUGCAGGAGCUGCAAUUUCUAGCUUGUCCCAGCAGAAUGACUUUGCUAGUGGACCAGCGCUCAAACCACUGCAUUCAGCGGAUGAGGUUCCUGAAAGCAUUGGUGGCUUCGGGGAGCAGGCCGCUGGUGGUGUUGGUGGCGGGGGAUUGAGUAGAGAAAGACGGAUGAGACCUCCCGACUUUCGGAGCAUACUGGAGAGUGACAACGCCAGCAGUGGCCCUAGUGAGCCAGUGCCUUUUGGCAAUCAGGGCAAUGAUGGUGGUUUGGUCCUAAAGCCACUCGGCUCCUUGAAUGGUGGUGGAAAUGGCUUGGGCGGCUUUGGUGCCGAUGCUGGGAUGAAUUUGAAGCCAUCAAAUUUCCAGAUGCAGACGGAUACCAGCUCUGCACUCAAUGCAGGAGCUGCAAUUCCUAGCUUGUCCCAGCAGAAUGACUUUGCUAGUGGACCAGCGCUCAAACCACUGCAUUCAGCGGAUGAGGUUCCUGAAAGCAUUGGUGGCUUCGGGGAGCAGGCCGCUGGUGGUGUUGGUGGCGGGGGAUUGAGUAGAGAAAGACGGAUGAGACCUCCCGACUUUCGGAGCAUACUGCAGAGUGACAACGCCAGCAGUGGCCCUAGUGAGCCAGUGCCUUUUGGCAAUCAGGGCAAUGAUGGUGGUUUGGUCCUAAAGCCACUCGGCUCCUUGAAUGGUGGUGGAAAUGGCUUGGGCGGCUUUGGUGCCGAUGCUGGGAUGAAUUCCACUGCUGGGCCAGUGUCAGAUUUCUUUAAAGAGGAGAACGGCUAUGUGCCCAGCGUUGCAGCGUCCGGCGGCCGCCGGCGCCGGCCACGCGCAGGCCAAUUGUAG